AGUUUCAACUACAACAUUUAAUAUGCAAAUUGGUUUCAAAAUUACUAUGGAUGCUACAUUUUCUUUUGUACUGAUUUAUUGUUUGAUCAAAAUCGACAGUGACUCUAAAUACGGUAAAUUGAGGGUACCGGACGAUGUCGGCUGCACAUUUUUGCACUUUUUUGCACAUUUUUGCUGCACAUUUCUCCCCGAGUUUGCGAUCACUAAUCAUGCUCAUUAUGUCAUUAAAAAUUAUUUUGUGAAAGUUAUGGUCGGAUCCGUGGUUUUUGCACUUUUCGUUCUCUAUUUGUAUUUCCGUUUCCCCCAUUUCUAUAUUUUUGAGUUUCUACUACUAAUACCACUUGCCAUUUUCGUAACUACCUGGUCAAUUUUGGCAUAUAUUUCGACAAUUUUCGCUCAAGUUUAUCAGGUUCUAGUAGUAAUUUUUAUUUUCGAACAAUGUUGGAAAAUGGGAAAAGAUGAACCAGAGCAGACGAGAAAUCAAAUUGCCAGAAAACAAUUUGUGACAAAAGACAUCAUUCGGACACUUUAUAUUUGCUGUAUUCUCAGAGAUUUCGUGUUAUACCCAUUAAUUUGGUACAUGUCAAUUAAUAGUCUGUUUGAUUUAAUUUUCGUGAGCAUGAAUACUGAAGAGGUGUCAGUGAGAGCUCAACUUACAUAUCCAAGAGUUUUUGAUUUGAUUUCAACAGAAUCAAUCUUCUUCCUAGUUCCAAUCAGUGUAUUGUAUUAUCUCUACAGAAGACAAAACCUAACUAACAAGGAACAUGCCAAAAACCCAUUACAAGUUUAUAUUUUCAAACAGGCAAUGAUUAUGGUAGCUAUUAAAGCUAUAAUCAUCGCAAUUUUCUCUGUAAUGUUUCUCAUUGACAAAAACCUUUCGUGGUUUUUGACAGCUUCACGAAUGGAUCUUAUACUGGUAGUUGUGGCAGUUCAAAUUUCUGCAAUGAUCUGUUUCCGGAAGAGAUUAAUUGCAUAUCAACAAAACCCACCACAAGAAAUAUUUAUGACAAGGCUGCCUCCAAUCAUCAAUGAGCCGCCACCUGACUAUUAAAUUGUUUCGUUGGUUUUAUUGAUUUUCCUAUGGAAAUAUUUUUCUGAUUUAUAAUAAAUCAAUUUU